AUGUCCUCCUCACAGCCCAAUCCGUUCUUGUUGGCGGCCGACAACUCUCCCCAACUCCUCCCACUGCUCCGGGAAAAUACGUCGCUCGCUUCCGCCCAAGACGAACAUGGCUACUCUCUCAUGCAUGCGGCAGCAUCAUACAAUCACCUCGAUCUUCUUCGAGCGCUGGUCAACGAGCUACAUGUCAACGUCGACUUGAAAGAUGAGGACGGGGAAACGGCCUUAUUUGUUGCGGAGACGAUGGAUUGUGCGAAAGUGCUAGUGGAAGAACUUCAUGCGGAUAUCUCGAUCAGAGGCGAUGAAGGCAAGACAGCGAGAGAGAAAAUUGAAGAAGAAGGCGAGUUCCCUGAGGUUGCGGUCUACCUGCGGAUAAAGGAGUUGGAGGGGAGCAAUCCUCAAGUUAACGGCGUCAAUGGAACACCCGAGCUCAACGGAAUCCAUCCACCGCCGCCUCUUCCAGAUGGAAUAUCUGUCAAUCUUGGAACGAUGGACCCUGAAGAAGACGCUGGUGAAGUGGUAGACCCAGAGUUCCGACGAAGAAUAGAAGAAUUGGCGCAACGAGAGGACUUCCAGGGCGAAGAGGGGCAAAGGCAGUUGAGGGAGCUUAUCACGGAGGCUAUUAGGGGCGAGAUGGGCCAGCAAAGAGAUGUUCGCAGACGGACUGAUUGA